CACCCUAGCAUACGUUUUGGCAGACACUUCCUCUUAGAGAAGGAACUCAAAUUUAAGUUCAGUAGCCAUGCUCAGAGAAUUGGCCAAGAAAAUUGUGCUGAUGCCCGGCAUUUUGGCGCUCGAGGCUUCAAGUCGGAUUGUUCACCUUAGCGCCUUGUUGGCGAAGGAGUGUCAACAACAGAAAUCAUGCCCCGAGAGCUUGGUGCCCCACUGCAGGGUGGUGAAGAGGCGACCCUGCAGCCCCACAGACCCGCCAGUUCGACCUUGCAGCGAGGAGGACUGUUUGCAUCCUCGCUAUCCGUGUUGCGUGAACACUAGGAUUGCGGAGAAUCCCUGCAGAAAGCCGAGGGAGAAAGGCCGCCAGCCCUUCGCCUCCAUGUGGGAGAGCUACAAGGACAAGGAGCUCGAGCGCCCGGAGACCAUGUGGCACUAUCCCAAGGAGUGCUGUCCGAAGUGCGAGGACGUGCGCUUCGACGUUCUGUACUACAAGCCGUCGGACAAGUGCCGGGACUACCAGCGCACCUGGUGGGAGUGCUGUCCCAGGAUGAUACCCAGGCGGGUGUGCUGCUGGUGCGACGCCAUUCCUCCCCAGGUCCUGCGCCGGGAGCUGCCCAUCUGCCCACGAUCCGCCUGCCUCGCGGAGCACGAGGAGAAGCGCUACAAGUGCCUGAACAAAAAGUCCAAGGGCUGCAUGCGGGUUCGCAUGCCCUGCUGCCGAACCGCCCGCAUACCGCCAGACUGUAGAGGUGGCCCCGUUCCCAGCGACUGCGAGAAGAUCAAGUGCCCGUUCCCCAGCUACUCCGAGUGCGUCCAGGAGGACCCGGCCAACAUCCCAGCACGUCCGCCCGAGUGUGUAUGUCUGACAAAUGCGUCCGUUUGCGAUCAGAUUCGACGGGCCAACCACUUGGCCAAGCGCAACUUAAGCAUCUACCCCAGCUGUUCCCGCUGUUCAUGAGUGCUAUCUCCACUGUGAUCUUUGCUGGGAUCU